AUGCUACAUCUUCGUCCUUUUAAAGACUUGUACUUAGUACACCGAAAGCCAUACGACGGACUAAAGAUGGCCAAAAACACUGACAUCCUUGUAGGCGCGGGCGACGGGCCGCUAUGGGCGGGGUCGAGUUUCAUACCAUUUUUGUAUUAUAAAUUGCUAUUUGGACACUUUUAUCGUUUACCACCGCGCAGUGCCGCCGCGGCCGCCGCCCGGGCCCUGUCUUAUAUCGAU